UUAUCCAGCUUGCUAGCCUCUUCUCGAUCGAGGGGAAUAUAAUCAGGGAGAGAUUAGCUAGUAAAUCCGGCUGCAGAGCUAGCUCUUGCUACGCAAUUCUAAGGUAGCUAGGUAGCAAGCGGGGGGCCUGCAGGCUAGCCGGCGGCGGCGACGAUGAUGAAGAAGGAAGAGGACCUCGAGUCGCCGCUGCUGUCCAACGGCGAGCCGGCGCCGGCGGACUCCGAGGGCAGCGCGUACCCGCUCUUCUGCGCCCUCCUCGCCUCCCUCACCUCCAUCAUCUUCGGCUACAACCGCGGCGUGAUGAGCGGGGCGCAGAAGUUCGUGCAGGAGGACCUGGGCGUCACCGACGGGCAGCUGGAGUUGCUCAUCGGCGCCACCAGCGUCUACUCCCUCGUCGGCUCGCUGGCGGCGGGGUGGACCUGCGACCGCGCGGGCCGGCGCCGCGCCGUCGCGCUCUCCGCGGCCAUGUUCCUGGCGGGCUCCGCCGUCACCGCCGCCGCCAACGGGUACGCCGCGCUCAUGGCGGGGCAGCUCGUCGCCGGCGUCGCCUGCGGGUUCGGACUCGUCGUCGCGCCCGUCUACAUCGCCGAGAUCGCGCCGGCGAGCUCGCGUGGGUUCCUCUCCUCCAUCCCCGAGAUCGCCAGCAACUCGGGCAUCCUGCUCAGCUACAUCGCCGACUUGGCGCUCGCGGGCCUCCCCACGACGCUCAGCUGGCGCCUCAUGAUCGGCAUCGGCGCCGUCCCGCCGCUGUUCCUCGCGGCCGCCGCGGUGCUCGCCAUGCCGGAGACCCCGCGCUGGCUGGUCCUCCACGGCCGCCCCGACGAGGCCCGGCGCGUGCUGGCGCGCAUCGCGGGGGACGACGGCGACCGCCGGCUCCAGGAGAUCGUGGCCUCCGUCCGGGAGGCGUCGUCCAAGAGCGCCGGCGGGUCGCCGGCGGGCGUGUGGAGCGAGAUCCUGGUCCGCCCCACGCCGGCCGUGCGGCGCGUGAUGGUGGCCAUCCUCGGCCUGCAGGUGUUCCAGCAGGCGUGCGGCGUGGCGGCGAUGGUCCUGUACGCGCCGCGGGUGUUCAGCCACGUCGGCAUCACCUCCGACCGCGCGGUGCUCGGCGCCACGGUCCUCCUCGGCGCCGUCAAGACGGUGGCCAUCGUGGUCCCGCUCUUCCUCGCCGACCGCCUCGGCCGCCGUCCGAUGCUGCUCGCCAGCGCGGGGGGCAUGGCCGCGUCACUUCUGGUCCUCGGGCUCUCGGUGCGCGCGGCGGCCACGUGGUGGGCGGCGGCGGCGUGCGUGGCGGCGGCGGCGGCGUUCAUGGCGGCAUUCUCCCUGGGUUUCGGGCCGGUGAUCUGGAUGUACGCGUCGGAGAUCCUGCCGCUGCGGCUGCGCGCGCAGGGCACCGGCAUCGGGACGGCGCUGAACCGUGUGAUGAGCGCAGUGGUGGGGAUGACCUUCAUCUCGAUGUACGAGGCGGUCGGCAUGGCCGGGACCUUCUACAUCUUCGCGUCGCUCACGGCGGGGGCGUGGGUGUUCGUCUACGCGUGCCUGCCGGAGACUAAAGGGAGGAGCCUCGAGGAGAUAGAGGAGCUCUUCGACACCACCGGUGCCAUCAAGCCCUCGCCACGGGCGACGCUCUCGUGAUCCGGAGAGAGGCAGCGAUUAUGCGUCGUCAAACGCCAAGGUUUUUAGGGGUUGGCUAGUAUUAUAAUUAUUGUUACUAAGUAAAUAUGCUCAUGCGUCGCUACGGGAGAAAUUUAUUUUUAUAUGGAUAAAUUUAUUAUUUAUUUAUUAAAAAAUAUUAUUGAAUUGUAUUAUUUAGGUGAUGA